AUGUCAUCCAACUCCGUCGCCAGCGUGUUCGCUAGUGACUCUUCUAGAGUUCAUAUUGGCAAUAACAACUACCUGCAUCAAGACACCAAAGAUAGGGACUGUAUCGGAGCUCUGUAUGAGACAGACCCAUUACGUGAUAGACAGCAAAUCAUUGAUACUAAAGGGGGUCUUCUUCCUGGCGCCUCUGACUGGAUCUUGACCAACGACAACUUCACAAGGUGGCGUGAGGGAGAGGAAUGCUUUCUGUGGAUCAAGGGCGAUGCUGGUAAAGGGAAGACGAUGCUGAUAUGUGCCAUCAUCGAAAACUUGGAGCACGAUGAUCGCAAUCACGUGUCCUACUUUUUCUGUCAGGCCGGUGUACCGACCACGGACAACGCGACAUCAGUGCUGCGAGGAUUGGUAUAUGGACUGGUCCGAUAUCACCCCCAUAAUGCAACAGUACUGUCACACGUGAGGAAGGAGUUUGAUUCUAUCUCGGAGAGGAUGUUCGAAGGGCCCAAUCUAUGGCAAAUCAUCCGCAAAAUACUCGUUACAAUCUUGAAAGAUCCCCUUAUGAACCACACAGUGUUUGUGAUUGACGCACUUGAUGAGUGUGAGGGGAACCAAGCAGAGCUAUUAAAGUUUAUUGUCGAAACGAACACCCAACUCGGAAUCAAGUGGCUUGUCUCAAGUCGGAAGGAUCCCGUAAUUGAGAACAGGUUGCGCGGAAUCGCCAACUCAGAGAAAAGACUCACGAUCGAUCUUGAGUUGAACGAACAUCUGACCUCUGGAGCUGUCAAAAACCUUAUAGGAGCCAGAUUGAGGGACAUGAUGUGGUGGGACAACUGUGGGGAUGAACUUCGUGAUAUAAUAAAGCACAAAUUGAAACAAAAGUCGGGCAACACUUUCCUUUGGGUUGCGAUGGUUUGCCAGGAACUCAACGAUUGCACAGCAACACAGGCCCUUGGGGCCUUGGAACAAUUUCCACCGGGUUUGGACGAGUUGUACAAGCGAAUGGUGGACAAAAUUACUGCUUCGAAAUCUGCAACGCAGUGUAAGGAGAUAAUGGCGGUAGUCUCGGCUUCCUAUCGUCCCCUUAACCUGAAGGAACUCGCCAUUGCCACCAACUCUCUUUCCCAAUUUCAGAACAACACUGCAGCUUUAACACAAACAGUGUUAUCAUGCUGCUCGUUUCUAACACUUCGCAAUGGUACCACGACUGUCGUCUUCGUCCAUCAAUCCGCCAGGGAGUUUAUCAUGAACAAGGCACAUGAGGAAAUCAUGCCAGACGGUAUUCUAGAGCAGCACAACAAAAUGUUCCAUGCUUCGUGGAAAGCAAUGAAAGAGGCCAUGCGACACUUCAUCAACCCUGGAAAUGAGAUCAACUGGAACUUCCCCGAUGGCGAUCACCUGGAGCCGCUGGCGUACGCGUGUACUUACUGGGUUACUCAUUUGAAAGAUUGUGGUGGCAGAAAAGAACAGAGACAACAGUUUGAUGCCGAAAUUGAAAUCUUUCUACACGAACAUCUGUUACACUGGUUGCAAACUCUGGGCGAAUUACGCAGCAUGCCGGAGGGGAUACUGUCAAUGCACAAUCUCGUGUCUAUUCUGUCUGCCACGCACGUGGCAGGCCUGUAUGAGCUGGUUGAAGACGCUCGUCGCGUAGCCCUCUUUUUUGGGAAUGCCAUUGAAGCCGACCCGCUACAAAUAUACGCAUCGGCCCUCCUGUUUAGUCCUGUCAACAGUCUCGUUCGGAAUAGGUUUCUCACUAAGGGACCAAGCUGGCUUACUAGAAUUCCAGUUAUAGAAGAGGAUUGGGGAUCCUGUGUUCAAGUCCUCGAGGGACAGAAGUCUGAGAUCACAGCUUUGGCGUUCUCAUCCGAUGACCUCUUCAUCGCCUCAGGCUUUCGCGAUGGAACUAUAAAAGUCUGGAACUCAACGACAGGGGUCUGCCUCGAGGAACAUUGCAUCGAAGGUAGUUCUGUUGAAUCUAUUGUAUUCACAGAAGGCCAGGAGUACCUGUCUUCAGUAUCUUCGUACGACAGUGAUACUAUCCAAGUAUGGGAACCUGCAAAACAAAUUCUGAGAACUAUGGCUAGCAGCGACGAUUGCGACCCCGAAUCAUUAGUUCUCUCGCCGGACGCCAAGUGGUUGGCAAGCGGAACCGAUGGCCCAGUAAUUAAAAUAUGGGAAGUUCAGACUGGAACUUUGAUACGAAACUGUCCUUGUGCGGAUUACGACGUUGUAAAGAUAAGCUUCGCAGCGGAUAGCAAACGGUUGAUCUCGGGCUCGGCACAAUGUGGAACCGUUACGAUUUGGAACACAACAACAUGGACCGUUGAACGAACCUUUCAGGACCACGCUGACUCCAUAUCCUCGAUCGCUUGUGCAGCAAAAACUCAGUUGUUUGUGUCCAGCUCCUAUUCCGGGGAAGUAUGUGUCCGAGAUUUUACCUCGAAGGAUUCUAAAAUGAAAAUAUCGACCUCUGACCGCUCCGUUGGAAACAUCGCUAUUUCGGGGGAUGGUACACGAAUUGCGGCUGAGCGUGGCAAACGAGAGCUUUGGGUCUGGGACGUUUCCUCUCGCCGACACACGCAUACUCUGAACAGUACCGAGGGUUAUGGUAUUACUUUAGCGUUGUCAUCCAAGGGAUCUAGGCUCAUAUCAGGAUGGGAAAAUAUCGAGAUCUGGGACAUCACAAAUGGUUCACAUGCAAAAGAACGACCUAGUCAUACAAACUCCAUUACGAGUGUGGCCUUGUCGACAGACAUCCAAUGGGCAGCGUCAGGGUCUUGGGACAAUAACAUCAAGAUAUGGGAUAUGGAAACGCUGUCCUGCAAGCAUACACUUGUCGGUCAUACUUAUACUAUCGAAUCAAUACUAUUCUUGGAUGACAACCGUCUAGGCUCAGCAUCAAUAGACUGCGCCGUAAUUGUCUGGAACUUCCAGACAGGUGCUCGCUUACACACCCUCAUUGGUCACACGGCGUCCGUGUCCUCACUGGUAUUUCUGCCAGAAAGUGACCUGCUUAUAUCAGGUUCACGGGAUGGAACUAUCAGGACCUGGAACAUAGACACAGAUCAUCACGACAAUCAUUCGUUCCAAUUUAGUAGCAAAGGGGCCCCAUCGAUCACACUUUCACCUUGUCGACUGACGCUCGUAUCUAUUAGCUUUAACGGUGAAAUAGAUUUCUGGGAUUUGCAAUCAUGGGAACGCAAACACUUUCUUUCUAUGGGCGGAAAGAACCUGGAAUCGGUGGCCAUAUCUCCGAACGGCCAGUGGGUUGCCGUGAGUCAUUAUACAAGUUACAAUGGUGGCACCCUGGAAGUUUUGCACGUCCCUACAGGCCUUCGCAAUCACUCCAAGAAGUUGAAGUUAAGGAUCGGGGACUUGUCAUUCGACAGCAAUGGUACCGACCUCAAAACCAACGUUGGGGUUUUCAGCUUAUCCCUUGUGGACGUGAAGGGCCAACAGGAAGGGGAACAAGAGAUACGAAUGCGACGUUUGGGAUAUGGUAUCAGUAGUGACAAGACGUGGAUCCUGAAAGAUGAACAAAAGAUUUUGUGGAUUCCUGAGAAGUAUCGACCAAACGUGUCAGCCAUGUCUGGAUCAACGUUGCUUCUCGGAAGCGACUCGGGACAGAUUCAGCGUAUCGCCUUCUCGACGGAAGAUGGUAACAGCAGUGGAGAUCUUACUAUGGCUUCAUCAAAAUGCCGGCGAGGAAGUACUACACUUCCUACAUCACUGAGUAAGAGACCAAGAUACUCUGGGCAAUGA